CUCAUGCUGGACGACGUAAAGCUCGUCUGCUGGAAGUCAACGAGUCCUCUUCUCUGCUAACGUUUAGCUAACUAACUCAGCUCCGUGUCGUCGACUUACAAACAACACAACGUGCGAAUAAACCUUUAAAAGCAGACCUGAAAUAAUUAUUCACACACGACAAAGACAAACUCACAACAUUUGCUGGCUGGCCUUGUUGUCAACAAGCCCAUGGUAACCGUGAACGCGUCGGGAGUUGGUUGCUAACAGGAAGUAGCUUAGCUGGAGUUAUGUUGCGCUGAAUAUGCGCAAACUGCGUAGUCGCUAAAUAAAUUAUAGAAACUCAGCCGUGUGUGCGUAACAGUCGAUAAUACGUUGAGCAAAAUAGACACAUAUAACCUGCUGUUGCGGGUGAACAAAUAUCAUAAAAAAAAUUUAUUUCUUAUUUAUUUAAUUUAUUUUCCUUCAUUCCGAACGCACUUAAAUGUCAAGCAGGUUCAACACGGCUAAAAUAAAAUGACUUGCUGUUUGGUUUAUAAUGGCUACAUGUCGAGAAUGUGGCUGUAAAGGGAGAGUAUCUCGUUGUUGUACUUGAACGCACCGCGGUGUCAGUGUGAACUUUUGAACCGUCAGGUGGCGAUGUCUGCACGAGGCACGGCUUCAGGUUGCAACACAAUGAACUUUAGCAGGAUUUAAGCAUAGUGUACUCAGAGUAACUGAAAGGAAAAGAGUGCUGUGUCAGAGAGAGAGAUCUAGAUUUAGGGCUGGACAGGAGGGAGGGAUGAUAAAGAAGCUGAUUUCUGUUAGAAAGGGAUCACAAUCAUGGCUAAGUUUGAAUUGUUUUGAAGGUCGGGACAUCUUUUUUUUUUUUCUUCUCAAACAACACCUUUGUGCACCAAACCUCUCAUGUGGAUCACACCGUGGGACUGCCUUCAAACCCCUCCUCUUUCGUAACGCUGCCGGAGAGCCAGAACAGCAGAGAGCUGCGAGUUAGUCUGACACCAAACACAGAGGAAGACACAGAGAGGAUCUCCAGAGGAUAGACGACCACGAGGAGAGACGCAGAGAGGGAGAUCAAGUGCAGGAGCCAGGAUAAAGUCACAUUUCUUGGACUGUAAAGAGAUUGGAGCAGUGAUCCUGCCUCUGUAGGAUUGUGUUCAUGUCUUUGUGAGUACACUAACAGGUUUUCUUCCCUGCAAAGUUGAUCCUUCCUCCUCACCCUGGACAGCACUUUUCCUCUCUGUUCUCUAGCACCAUGGAAGCGUUCACAUGUAAACAGUUAAAUCCAGUUUGUGCUCUAGAGGUGUGUGCUUGUGUUGUUAGUUGAUUGAGUGGUUUAUGUCAGAGUAAUAACAAUGGUUGAACCAGUGGGCUUUGUGGAGGCAUGGAGAGCCCAGUUCCCAGAGUCUGAUCCCCCUUGCAUGGACCUGAACUCAAUGGGGGACAUUGAACAGGAGCUGGACAAAUGCAAGACUUCUAUCAGGCACUUAGAGAAGGAAGUAAACAAGGAGCGUUUCCGGAUGAUCUACCUGCAGACUCUGCUUGCAAAGGAGAGGAAGUCUUAUGAUGGGCAGCGAUGGGGAUUUAAAAGGACGCCCCAGAUGAAUGACGGAGACCUGCCCACUAUCCCAGACAACCAGAGGUCCCACACGGACGAGACAGCAGUGGAGGAGCACCCACUGAGAGGGCCUGGAAAGACAGCAAGGUGUAAACCACAUCCAGAGGGAGAGGUGGAUGGUGCAUCCCCGGCUAAACAGAAGGGUGGGGUGUCACCCGUCCGCCAGGACUCAGAGGCUCCUGAUUUCCCGCUAGGCACAGGCUCAGUGGCAGCUCUGAGAUCCAACUUUGAGCGCAUCAGGAGAGACAGCUCUCAUGCAGCCGGAGAUGGCAGAGGGUCGUCUGAGAAACCUUUCUAUGUGAAUGUGGAGUACCAUCACGAGCGAGGGCUGGUCAAAGUCAACGACAGGGAGGUCUCGGACAAGAUCAGCACCUUGGGCUGUCAGGCCAUGCAGAUGGAGCGCAAGAGGUCCCUGCACUCCCUCCCAGGGAACCUGUCGGCCGCCAUGGGGGACAUCAACAAGGCUGUUCGGAGAGGCAGGUCCACUGAAGGGAACUGCAGCUACAAUGGGUCAUACGAUGACGCCGAGGCCAACCCACACUUCCUGAAAGACAAUGUGAUCCGUUCCACCGGGGGAAAGUCUGAGCGGCAGCCAGCAGAGUGCCAGCCAUACACCAGUGUGUAUGUUGGAGGAAUGAUGGCUGACGGGGACACUCGAAUCAUCCACAUUAGGGACCACAGCAUAGAGGAGGACGCUCACCUCACCUGGCCGAGGCGCUCCUACUCUCCCGGCAGCUUUGACGAUGUGGGAGGAGGCUACACACCAGACUGCAGCUCCAACGAGAACUUAACAUCCAGCGAGGAGGACUUCUCCUCGGGCCAGUCCAGCCAUGUGUCUCCCAGCCCCACCACCUAUCAGAUGUACAGGGAGAAAAGCCGCUCACCUUCCCAGCACUCCUUUGACAGCAGCAGCCCACCCACACCACUGUCUCAGAAAUGUCUGAAGCAGAGAGCGAUGGUGUCUGAGGCCUCUAUUAUCAGGGGCCAGAUCUGGCCCAGUGAUGGGGACUCCACCACAUCCAGCAGGACCUCUCAUGACAACAGCCUUCAGGGAGAUCUGGAGGCUCCCUACAAUGAGACCCCUCCAUCAUAUGGCUACGACCUGGAGCACUCGGAAGAGCACCAGCCUCGCCACGAUCCUCUAUCCUUCACCGGAUCUCUGGAGUCCACGCUGUCGGUGGAGCUGGAUCAGGAGAAGGGGCUGGAGAUGAGGAAGUGGGUUCUGUCAGGAAUCCUGGCCAGUGAGGAGGCCUACCUCAGCCACCUGGAGGCCCUGCUGAUACCCAUGAAACCUCUGAGGGCCGCAGCCACAACCUCCCAACCAAUGCUGACCAUACAGCAGAUAGAGACCAUCUUCUUCAAAGUGCCAGAGCUUCAUGAGAUCCACAAGGACUUCUAUGAUGCUCUGCUGCCUCGAAUCCAGGACUGGGGCCAACAGCAGUGUGUGGGCGACCUCUUCCAGAAACUGGCCAGCCAGCUUGGAGUGUACCGAGCCUUUGUGGAUAACUAUAAGGUUGCUGUGGAGACGGCAGACAAGUGCUGCCAGGCAAACGCUCAGUUUGCAGAGAUAUCUGAGAAUCUCAAGGUCAAAAGCACAAAGGACUGCAAAGACCAGUCGGCUAAAAAUUCACUGGAAACUCUUCUCUACAAACCUGUGGACAGAGUGACGCGUAGCACACUCGUUCUGCAUGACCUCCUGAAGCACACGCCCUCCAGCCACCCGGACUAUCCGCUGUUACAGGACGCCCUGCGCAUCUCUCAGAACUUCCUGUCCAGUAUUAAUGAGGAGAUCACCCCACGUAGACAAUCCAUGACAGUUAAAAAAGGAGAGAAUCGUCAGCUGCUGAGGGAUCGCUUCAUGGUGGAGCUGGUCGAAGGUUCCAGGAAACUCCGUCACGUCUUCCUCUUCACCGACCUGCUGCUCUGCACCAAGCUGAAGAAACAGGCUGCAGGAAAAGGGCAACAGUACGACUGUAAGUGGUACAUCCCACUGGCUGAUCUGACCUUCCAGACCAUCGAGGACUGCGAGUCCAACCCCAUCCCUCUCGUCCAGGAUGAGGAGAUUGAUGCCAUGAAGAUCAAAAUAUCCCAGAUCAAGAAUGAGAUCCAAAGAGAAAAGAGAACCACCAAAGGACCCAAGGUGAUCGAGCGUCUGAGGAAGAAGUUGUCAGAACAGGAGUCUCUGCUACUACUCAUGUCGCCCAGUAUGGCGUUCAGAGUGGCCAACAGAAAUGGAAAGGGUUUCACAUUUCUCAUCUCUUCUGACUACGAACGUGCAGAGUGGAGGGAGAUCAUUCGCAACCAGCAGAAAAAGUGUUUUAAAAGUUUCUCUCUGACCUCUCUGGAGCUGCAGAUGCUCACAAACUCUUGUGUGAAACUCCAGACUGUUCACACGAUUCCAAUGACCAUGAAUAAGGAAGAUGAUGAAUCUUCUGGUUUGUACGGCUUCCUGAAUGUCAUUGUCCACUCUGCAUCUGGGCUGAAACAGAGCUUAAACCUUUACUGCUCUCUGGAGGUGGAUUCAUUUGGCUACUUUGUCAACAAAGCUAAAACUCGUGUGUACAGAGACUCUACAGAGCCCAACUGGAACGAGGAGUUUGAGAUUGAACUGGAGGGCUCUCAAACUCUGAGGCUGCUCUGCUAUGAGAAGUGCUACAACAAGACCAAGCAGAGCAAAGAGGAUGGAGAGAACACAGACAAGAUCAUGGCCAAAGGACAAAUAAAGCUGGAUCCUCAGACACUGCAAAAUAAAGACUGGCAGAGGACGGUCAUUGCCAUGAAUGGGAUUGAGGUGAAACUUUCCAUGAAGUUCACCAGCAGAGAGUUCAGUCUGAAGCGCAUGCCGUCACGGAAACAGUCCGGUGUCUUUGGAGUGAAGAUCAACGUAGUCACUAAACGAGAGCGCUCCAAGGUUCCCCUCAUUGUGAGACAGUGUGUGGAGGAGAUUGAGCGCCGAGGGAUGGAUGAGGUGGGAAUCUACAGAGUGUCUGGGGUGGCGACUGACAUCCAGGCGCUGAAGGCUGCCUUUGAUUCAAACAAUAAGGAUGUGUCCGUCAUGAUGAGGGAGAUGGACGUGAACGCCAUUGCUGGAACACUGAAGCUGUAUUUCCGGGAACUACCGGAGCCUCUUUUCACUGAUGAGUUGUACCCCAACUUUGCUGGAGGCAUCGCUCUCUCUGACAGCGUGGCCAAGGAGAGCUGCAUGCUCAACCUGUUGCUGUCUCUACCAGAGCCCAAUCUGGUGACCUUCCUCUUCCUGCUCGACCACCUGAAAAGGGUGACUGAAAAUGAGAGCGUCAACAAGAUGUCAUUGCACAAUCUGGCCACAGUUUUUGGCCCCACUUUGCUUCGGCCGUCUGAAAAAGACAGCAAAAUCUCUAACAGCUCACAGCCAAUCUCCAUGAAUGACAGCUGGUCUCUAGAGGUCAUGGCUCAGGUGCAAGUCCUGCUCUACUUCCUUCAGCUGGAGAGCAUUCCAACACCUGACAGCAAACGUCAAAGCCUUCUCUUCUCUACUGAAGUAUAACAGGAAAAUCACGCACUUAAAUUUCCAUAAAUGUUCUGCUUGAUGUGCUGGAUGCAGCCGAGCAGCCAUGGCUGGCUGUGGUUUACUCUGAGGAUGCGUAAUGUAGCCACCAGGUGGAACCAUCGAUACAUUGUGAGGUAGAAAACAGCCGCCAUGCUCAAAGUCAUUUCUCUUGGAGAGCUGUGACGUGAGCAUGUGUGUUCUGUUUACUUACAGGCUUACCUGCUGCGUCUGAAAAAACGACAAACCCUAUAUGAUGUAUGGACAAAAUAUAUCAUUCCUUUUUUAAUUUAAUUUAAAAUUCAAGAAGCAUUAACUUACUGUGCUGUCCCGUUCUGUCACUGUGCACAUUAGCUCCAUAUUCACAAAGAGGGAAUUCACUUCUGCUGUAGUUGGACUUUGUAAGAUUUAUUUCUGUGGAUGGGUGGUGGGUUAGGGUUAGGGUUAGGGUUAGGAUUAGAGUUAACCUCCACCCACCCCCCAAAAAAAAGUUUAACUUGGUUGAAAGCUCACCUGUGCCAAUGUUUCCCUGCUGAUGUCCAUUAGAACAUUUCAGUCACCCUAAUGUUUACACACGCACUUAAUUUUGUACAGAUUUUAAAAAGUAUGAGACUCAAAACUGUAGUUAACUCACAGCAACAUGCAGGCAUGUUGACCCGAGCAUUUAAAGUGUUUUGUUAUCUAGGCUAUACCAUUUGUAUUCAGUUCAAAGGUUCUGCUGGUGGUGCCCGAGCCAACUUUCAUGUAGAUAUGAAUCCUUUUUUGGGAGGUGGUGCAAAGAAAUGAAAAGCAAAUCAUUCCAGACAAAGGCAAAGCCUAAUUGAUACACCUGUGGAAUGUAUACUGUGCUGUGUAUGAUUUUAAUGUCAGUGGUCUUUUGUCCAUAUCUCAUAUGUCCUGUGUCAGCUUCCGUUUGAUUUGAUUUAUUCAGUUAAAGUUGAUGUAUAUGUGUUGCUCUCUGCAUUCCUCGUCGUCUACCUAUAUAGGAAAAAAAAACACACUGCUGUAGAAAUGAGAGUACCUAGAGAUUAUCCAAAAUACCAGAUGUUCGAUUAUAGGACCCUUGAAGCACAGAGAUUCACUCAUAUCCAAGUUUUAUGGUUUAUUAAAAGGUUUAUCAUCCACAUACUUAAUAUUACUUUCAAAGCCAUGUGAAAGUACACUGUGUGCUUGCGUUAAUAUAUUUUCCAAAUCGCUUCAAGUAUUCAAACACUUGUUAGCACAAUCUAUAACCCUAAAGGCUUGUGAUUUAUAUAAAAUAAGCAAUAACUCUUAGUGAUCCUUAAGACGAGAUAUGAUUAGUGGGUCUUGUAUGUAUGAUUUAUGUAAAUAAAACUGUAAUAUUA